AUGAAAAAUUGCCAUCAACCCAUUUCCCAACAAGACGUUAUUAUGGAAGACCCAGCCCAAAACGCGACUAAUGUUGUAAGAGUGGCUGAUGGCGAGAUUCAACAACAACAACAACAACAACAACAACAACAACAGCAGCAACAGCAGCAGCAGCAGCAGCAACAGCAACAGCAACAAGGAGAUCUUGAAGAAGAAUACCUCGAAGAAGACUCUCAGGAGGAUGAUACGGAUGAUCCCCGGGAUUAUAGUGGUGAUAUCUCCGAGAACUACCCUGACGCGGAAGACGAACUUGAUGUGGACAUUGACAUCAUUGCGCCAAUCCAACAUGCUAUCUGUAGCAACGUCGAUGCAGGUGUUCAAUCAGGCUUUAAUAUGGGCAGUUUUGUUAAUUCCAUUCAACCUACAAUCCAUCAACGCGGGGAAAAUCCAACAACGAAUAACAACGAAUCGGCUCCGUUCAUAGCUACCAACCACAAGACGAAGAAGGAACAUACAUUCUUUAUGAACAAACCUUCCGAGUUUCUUACGCAUCUUAUGGCCGACCCUAUCAACAAGGUGAAAAGUGGAGGCUACCAGGCUGCCCCCGUUUGGAGUUUUGGAGAAGUGCAAGUUAUAUUCAACAGUAAUGGUGACUUUUAUUACGAUGUUUCUCCCCUCUUAUGUAUCGAUUCGCAAUUAUCAAAGUAUUCGAUGUCCAAAUUUGAAGGCCUGGUAGAUAAGAGCUCUCGUUUUGCCAUGUACCUGUAUUCAGAAAAUUUAUUUAUCCAAUUGUCUUCCGAGGAUAUUCAGGAUAAGCUUUGGAAUGAUACAUUAGCUGAUGUCAACAGGUUCAAGAGACGAAGAACAGACGGCUCCAUCAUGAAGGAAAUCUUUCAGAGCAGUAUAAUCUAUUGUAUGACACCUGCAGCUAUGUCUUUUGAUAGUAGAGGAUCAAAGAACAAUACUUUUAUGAUGUGUACAUCGAACAAGAACUUGUCGGCCGUUGAUAUGCUCCCUCCAAUUGUUGAUGAUUUGCUUUAUCUAGAGAAUGGUGUCGAAAUGUAUUCGGCAGUACAUGAAGAUUACGUCUUGGUUGUAGCUCCUCUUCUUUUUAUUCAAGGCGAUAAGUACCGUCAGUCGGAAUUGUCCAUGCACAGAGGCAGUGCUUCUAAUUUCUUCUGUCGUAAAUGUCUGAUUAAAAAGACUAAAAAUCCAAACCCCAAGUUACGAGUAAACGCAUCUGCCGCAACAAGGGAGCGUCAUGCAACUGCGCCAUUGAGGCUCAUCAAUCCUAUUCUCCACGAAUGUGCUACCAGAUUACGAUCUGACCUGGAGAAGGUGAGCAAGCUCGAUGCAACUGAUGAAGAUGGCAAGAAAGCUAUUAAGUCAUAUGAAGUCAGCCAUAGCAUAACCAAGAAUGGCAGUGAACAGCUUCUUCGCUUGGACUCUUAUGAGCCCAUAUUGGAUACUCCAUUGGAAUUACUUCACACGUUACCUUUGGGUAUUGGGCGAGCGAGUUCGAGCUAUCGUAUUCGCAACCGAGCCGAGCUUAAGAAACUUCGAGCGAGCUCGAGCUGCAAAAAAACGCAUCCGAGCGAGCUUCGACUGGAACACGAUCGAAGCUCGCUCGAGAGUUUUGAUCUUCAUUCCGAACACUAUUCGCAACCAAAAUUACAUUUGCUUCAUCAUCUGCCAUUUGAUAUUCGUCGGUUUGGAUUACCUGUUCAUUUUGAAACUGAGCACGGCGAACAAUUCAACAAGUUUAUUCGUAAGGCCAUUUUACUGACAAAUAGACAUCAGUCUGAACGGGAUGUUGCCUUGAAGUUUGUCAAACAAUUUAUGAUCCGUUUUCUGUUUAAUGGUGGUACUUUCCUUAUUGAAGAAGCAGAUGGGUCUUCUACUAGAUGCCGUGUUGGUCCUGAAAUUGCUAGAUUCAGAACUGCAAAUCCAAAAUUCGAAGAAUUAUUGCUCACUGUUCGUGAAAACUCGGAUAACAACGAAUACGUCAAUGCUCGUUCUGUGUCUCUCAAGGAUGGUGUUAGUGGGCUGUUUAUGAGUGAAAUUACAUCGCAAUCUUGCUUUGGAAGAAUUAUCGAGAGGACUUUACAGAACUCUGAAGGAAAACUACAAUUAGCUAAGUAUCUUUUAACUUAUGAAUGUAUAAAAUCCGAUGAAGUUAGUGAUAAUUUUUUGCGUUCAUUUAAUAGAUAUGCGUCGUCCAAGUUCCCUUUGUGGCUGACAACCGUCGAUAACAACCCUGUGGUACGCCCUGUGUCUCACAUAUUCGACGGCCAGUACUCACUUAUCGAGUUGAUGGAUCUUGAUACUUUUGCUGACAUCGAUAAAACCUACAGGAUUAUUAAUGUGCACAAAUACGGCUCAUUCUAUUUGAUGUUAAAGCAUUAUCAGGCUACUUUUCCCCAAGGCGAUUAG